GUAUUUUCCGCUUGUAGUAUAAUUUCGAUCAUUUUAUUAAUAUAUCCAGUGAAAGGUUGAGCUUGACAGUUACCUUAACGCAUCGCUCCUGCUUUUUUAACUUGACAAAGGCAAAUAGUAUUUGUUUUCAUUGAUAAAUCUGUUGCGAUUUCCCGAUCCUUCUCUUGGGUCAAAGCACAGAGGUUAUAAAAUAGGACACUUUUACACGGAUGUCAUUCAUAUAAAUACCGCUGACGCUCCGUCUAGGUUUUAUCUGAAGUGCCCGUCUCCAGUGGUAGGUGUAGAAGCUGCGAGUUCACACACGCUGCUGCCAGGACAUUCGUUAUCUCUGAUUCAGAUUGUUGAAAGAUUGAAGACUUUGUGCAAAUCAUCGUUCAUCUGUUGCAACCAUGAAGGCAUUGAAGUGUCCAUUUUUGACCCGCAUACCUACAAAUCAUUUACGCCAGUACGCACCAGCAGUUCUCUCUUAUGCUGAAAAUUGCCCAAUUAUGGGGCACGUCAUCAAGUUUGCUUCCAUGGCAACCAGGGCCGGGACUCCCCCUAGUGAGCCCACAAACUUGAACAAGUGCCCCUAUCUGAGUAGUGAGGCCAAGAGAAAGCAGAGUACCUCAGCUGCUGCUGCCAUCACCCAGGACUUUCCACCUGUGCAUGAGGCAGAGGAGGAGACUAAGCUGGAUAAUAUGAAUAUGGUACCUUCAGUUGAAGAGACUAACCCAGUGAGGGAGUCAGGGUCUGUCGAGUCUGCUGCUAAAGUGGACAUAGCCACCAAGGUGACCAGUCAAUCUCUGGACAACCAAGCUGGACAGAAGAAGGAAGAAACCUUAAAUGUCAACUCUACAUCAGCAAGUAGAGGUGGUCAUGCAGAGCCAUUCAAGUACUUCAACUAUGAGCAGUUCUUCCAGAAUGAGAUAGAAAAGAAGAAGACUGAUCACUCGUACCGUGUUUUCCGCAAGGUCAACCGGCGUGCCGAGAAGUUUCCGUUUGCGGAGGAGCACACAGAGGGGAAGAAGGACAUCACUGUGUGGUGUAGUAAUGACUACCUGGGAAUGAGCUGGCACCCCAAGGUCAAACAGGCUGUUGUCAAUGCAGUCAGGGAACAUGGGGCGGGAGCUGGAGGGACGAGAAAUAUCUCCGGUAACACUAUCUACCACGAAGAACUGGAGGCUGAGUUGGCGGAUCUGCAUCAGAAAGAGGGCGCUCUGCUCUUCACUUCCUGUUAUGUGGCCAAUGACUCUACACUGUUCACCCUUGCUAAGGCUCUUCCAGGCUGUCACAUCUUCUCUGAUGCUGGGAACCAUGCUUCCAUGAUACAAGGUAUCCGGAACAGUGGGGUCCCCAAGCAUAUCUUCCGCCAUAACGACCCAGUUCAUCUGGAGGAACUGUUGAAGAAAGUGGAUGUCAACACCCCAAAGAUUGUGGCAUUUGAAACGGUUCAUUCCAUGACAGGUGCCGUGUGUCCCUUAGAAGAACUCUGUGACGUGGCACACAAGUAUGGUGCCAUCACGUUUGUGGACGAGGUUCAUGCUGUUGGUUUAUAUGGUGAUCGUGGUGCUGGAGUGGGAGAACGGGACCAACUGUUGCACAAGAUGGAUAUCAUCUCUGGCACUCUGGGCAAGGCAUUUGGCAAUAUAGGAGGUUAUAUAGCCAGCUCCUCCCGCCUGGUAGACAUGAUACGGAGCUAUGCCUCUGGGUUCAUCUUUACCACCUCCCUGCCUCCCACUGUGUUGUCUGGGGCACUGGCUUCAAUUAGGGUGUUGAAAAGUGAUGAGGGCCGAAAGCUGCGCCAAACCCACCAAGAGAAUGUGAGACACUUGCGUAAGAAGCUGACUGAGGCAGGAUUGCCUGUUAUACACUGUCCCAGUCACAUCAUCCCUAUACAUGUGGGAGAUGCACAGGCAGUAACGCAGGUGGCUAACACCCUCCUAAAGAAACACAAGAUCUACGUUCAAGGGAUCAACUAUCCCACCGUUCCAAGGGGUGAGGAGAAGCUCCGUAUCGCCCCCACCCCCCACCACACGGAAGACAUGAUGGAGUACUUCGUCAAGGCCGUGGUAGAUGCCUGGGAAGAGAGUGGAAUGGAGUUCACUAGUAGCCCAUGCCCUAGCACCUGCGAGUUCUGUAAUCGCCCAGGGGAUUUUGCCGCCAAGGAGGCUCGUCACUGCACGCGUCCUGACUGUCAGUGGGAGGAGGCACAGGAAACCGUGACAGCCGCUUGAGGGCACCACUGGUCCGCCAAGACAAGACGUCUGACAAGACGAGACAUGGGCAGUUAUUUUGCAAUACUAGAGGAGAUGCAAAACUUAUUUUCUGCAUAAUAACCAGUAAUAACAUUUAUUUAUUUUAUUUAUAUAUAUUAUUUUUAACUUUUUGCAAUUAUUAUUAUUAACCAAGACAAGGACGUUAUACUAGCUGGACAUAAUGUUCCCUUACUGGCAGCAUGAUGUUAUGCAUUUAUUAUGAGUUGUAACUUGUAUUGCUUGGCUUUUUAAAGAAUUUUUAUACUCAUGGAAAACCCUUAUGUAUUUCAAACUUGAACAUUGGAAAAGCUGAGGAGUCCUGGGUUCUCGCUGAUACAGAUGGCUAAUAGAAGAGCUUACAAUGAAAAUUUCAUGAGUUAAAAUUUUCUCACCAGAUGAAACAGGCUGUGAGGAAGAAAUCAGCUAGUAUAUAUAAGUUUAGGCUUUUACCUAUAUCCAGUAUCUUCAAUAUAGUUGCAGAGUAGUGAAACUUAAACAUUAAUCUCGCAUAUACAUUGUAACAGCAUUUUCACUGAUUUUCUUUAUGAUUUUAACUGUCGCAUAUUAUUUGGUGCCAUGCAAAUCUAUCUGCAUUCUUACUUAGGGAAAAUAAAACCUUUUUUUUCUGUCCUUGACAAAGCUGUUUAUUGUAAGGGCUUAUAAGAGUGCUUUUUAGGGGGUUUACGUACCCAUUUAGAGGAAACCAACAACAAUUAAUAUAUUUUGAGAAGCUACCGGACUCUUUUCAGUAACGCAAUAAAUUUUUAUUAUAUUGACAUAUUAGACUUAGACUUAAGUUUUACUACAAAAGUUGCUGUCAGUAUGAUAAACUAAUGUCAUAAUGAUUAUCUUAAAAGACGAAAGUUGCUUUGGUGAGAUGAAGUAAAAUAUAAUAAAUAUAAUGGUGGUGGUCUCUAUUGCUAUUAUUGUCUAUUUAUAGGUUUUACUCUAUCCCUUCACAUGUAUUGCUGCUUAAUCAUAUUGGAAAAGAAAGAAGAAAUAAAACUGCCCCAUGUCAACUGUG